AUGGCUCUGUCGCAGCUUCUGGACGACUCACCUCUGAGAUUGGAUCAAAAAGCCACCGGGACCGGUGACCUGACCCUGCAGGAGGUCUACAACGAGAGGCACCGGCUGGCUCUGGAGGAGUUGGUGUCGGGAGGUGUGGGACAGUUUCAGAACUUUCUCGAGAGAGAGAGGAUCCCGAACUUUUUGUCUGACGAUGAGAUCAAACAGAUCAGGAGCGCCGCUGUACCCCCGCGAUGCGUGUCUUUCCACGGGGAUGACCCGGCUCUGGAGCAGUCGCUAAGCAGCUCUGUAGACUGCUCCUCGGUCACCUAUUUCCCCGAGGUGUCAGACGUGGAGCCGCCGCUGCUAGAGAUGGGCUGGCCCGCCUUCACCGCCGGCUCGUACCGGGGCGUUACGCGGGCCGUGGCGCACUUCCAGCCCAGCUAUGGGGAGUGCAUAUACAGCUGCAAGGAAGCUGCGAGGCGUAUGAUUAAAAGUGCCAAAGAGGUAGGCACAAAGGCAGUAUGAGAACACAUCUGUGUGACUGUAAAGAACCUGUUAAAAUCUUAAACAGUAUGAAAACUUACAGUGGAGAGGCCUUCCUACACACACAGAUGCCAUUUUAGACUUCUCCUUCAGUCACGCGUUUUAUGUGUGAAUAUUUUUGUGUCCUACCACCCCAAAUAUUUCACAUCUGUGGGACCUAUAGCCUAAACGUACUUCUAGGCAUGUAACCUGGUGUGUAUCCUGGGCCCAAACAUAAUUUUGAUUUGGGUGAAAUCAACCCCAAAAACUGGAUUUUUAUUGAGGCUAUUUUGUCAAAUUAACACAAAAUAUUGUUGAGUGUGUGUGUAUAUUUAUAUAAUUGAUAAUUAAUAUAUUCUGUCAGGAAAAACUUCUUUGUAUCUUUCUAAAAAUACUUGCAGGCUUGUCCCCAUGGGAUUCCUUUGAUCAGUCUAAAUAUUUGAAGUUCAGGAUUUUGAAAUCUUUAUCAGAAGAAACGCAGUGACCGAAAGGAUUAAGAAACAGUGCAUGAAUAUUCAUGGAGAUGUUGCUGAUGGGAGCUAUCAGUCUAGCCGAUGGUUCAAGAAAUUGUAGCAUGAAGGGAGUAUGUGGCUUCUGCAGCACCUUAGGCUUGUGAAGGGCCUGCAUGCCAGAUGUGCCUCAGCUUGCUUUUGCUCCCCUCAAUGAAAAUUUGCAAUCUCUUUUAUUAGGGAGCUCUAAACGCUGGAUAUUUUCUCUGCUUUACAGCUAUAAUGCCAGGGUGUACACACUGUCCUCGCAAUCGGUCGAGACCUUGGAAGAGUUUUCUUGUCCGAGGUUAUCUGUAACAUUGUCUGUCUUUUUGUUGUGUGCACAGUUUUUAUUGUGCAAGUGCGUCAGUUGCUGGAACAAAACACUGCGGAGCCACAUCCUCAAUGUCCAGCUCAUCAGUCUGGCCUUGUCUUUCCAUGACCCCUAAGGCUGUUUUAAGAAUUUUUCCCAGAAUAAUCAUCCACUCUUAUUAUCACAAUCAUCCAAAGAAGGAGUGGAACUACAGACAUCUGCAUGUGGAUAGACUAGUUUGAAGUGAUAAAUCUGAGAUAUGUAAACACCCGUGUCUAAUCCUCCACACACGAUCUUUACCAGAGCAUGUGAAAUUCCAUUCUUCUUUGCAAAAAGGAGAAUCUCAGUGCAAACCUGAGCGUAAGAAAAUGGAGGCAUGCCCUGCAGUGCACCUCCUCGUCCCCUGUAUAAAAGUAACUUGUUUGCUGACCAAGCAUUACUGCUGAUUGCCAUGGUAACAGACCACAGUCGAUAGAAAGCUCAUCAGCACACACAUUAUUGGGAGUGGGUCUGGCAGAGAUUCACAGCUCUGUUUGAAUAAAGCCUUACGUUUGAUGAUAAUAAAAACACAGUCAUGUGCGACAUCUGGGAGAGCACUGCUGCAGUCUUACAAAGAUUUCUGUUAUAUUACCUCUGUAAUUUUCCACUGCAGGUGAUUGCCAUAGUUACAGACUCCCUGACAGACCUGGAUAUAUUUAAGGAUCUUCAGGAGGCAUGCUCCAACCGCAAAGUCCCCGUCUACAUCCUGCUGGACCAAUCAUGUGCUCCUGCUUUCCUCAAGAUGUGCAGAAACGUUGGUGUUCGUGUGGAUGACCUGCGGGUAUGUGGUUGGUUCAGUACGGCUGGGUGUGGCUCUGUGUGCACAAUACCAACAGAAGAUGGCAUCAAAUCAAAAUAUAUCCUUUCAGGAUUCACUACAACAAGGCGGGUUUUCAUUAAUCUGUUACGCCUGUGCUUUCUCUGUCUUAAUCCUCACAGCAAAUGAGAGUGCGAACCAUAACUGGUACCAAUUAUUACAUGAGAUCAGGAGCGAGGAUUACUGGGGAAGUUCAUGAGAGGUUCAUGCUGAUUGAUGGAAACAGGGUGGCAACAGGUUCUUACAGGUAUGCCCGCAAAGUGUUUUACCUAAAGCCAAAUGUCUUAGCUGUCAAUUAUGAUGUUGAUAGGGGGAAAAAGCCUAGAUUUCUCAGACUACCCAGGCUUUUUCUUUUUGCUGUGUUUGGAAAUUACAGUCAGUUUACUUUAAAGGGAUUUUCCAGCGUAAAUUUAGGUUAUGGUCAAACACACCUUAACACCAAACUAGACACCCCCUUGAGAGAUGAAUGUUGCAGACUGCUUGCUUCUCUAGUUACACCAACUUCAGCAACAACUGCAUGAUAGCAAUACACAGCGGUCUACGUCUCCAUGCACAAACCUCAACCAAAAAGCCACUCUAUAACCACAAGUAAUGCUCAGAACAGCACCUAACUUCAUCAACAGUACAUAUAGGGUCCCAGCCAUAGCACUAGCCACCAAACAUUUUCUUAGCUUUGCCUGAUUUCUUUAGUAAGAAGACUAAACACAACUCACCUACUCUCCACCAGCAGACACUUGUUUGUGGGGGAGCCCUGACAAUUUGAUCACCGAGUGCAGCGGGGUUUCGCAGCUCAAGGAAGAACAUUUAUAAUCAUUACUUAAUGGAAAUUUAAUCAGACCGAGACGCUAAGGCAGAAGAACUACCUCGUCUGCAGUGCAAAAUGAUUAUUACUUAAUAAGAAAUGAUCCGCUGCACUCAGUGAUUGACUCGUCAGGGCUCCCCCACAAACCAGUGUCUGCUGGUGGAGAGUAGGUGAGUUGUAUUUAGUCUUCUUACUAAAGAAAUCAGGCAAAGCUAAAAAGAUGUUUGGUGGCUAGUGCUUUGGCUGAGACCCUAUAUGUACUCUUGAUGAGGUUAGGCGCUGUUCUGAACAUUAUUUGUGGCUAUAGAGUUUUGGUUGAGGUUUGUGCGUGUAGAUGUGGACCGCUGUGUAUUACUAUCGUGCGGUUGUUGCUGAAGUUGGUAUAACUAGAUAAGCAAGCAGUAGGCAACAUUAAUCUCUCGAGGCGGUUUCGAACCUGGUGUUAUUGUGUGUUCGACCAUAACUUAAUUUUACGCCGGAAUAUCCCUUUUUAAUCAUGCUUGUUGUCAUAUGUUACUCCUGUACAGGUUCAACUGGACUGACGGGAAACUAAACAGCAGCAACCUAAUUGAGCUCUCUGGUCAGAUCACAGAGAAAUUUGAUGAGGAAUUCCGCAUUCUCUAUGCACAGUCAUUACCUUUAAACAUUCGAGGACCACCGAGCGUCCGAAACAGUGGCCUCUACGAGCAUCUCCUCAUCAAACACUCAGUCACAUUCUCACCUUCCCAAGCUACUGAGAGGCCAGCAGAGCUGUUGUGUAUAACCAGCACACCCAGACGCAAGCUGCAAACCUUAACCACUGAGCCCCCUUGUGAACCCUCAACUCCAAACCACUGUUUGACCAAUGAAAUGCCAGCAGUAUCCGACGUGGAUGAGGGAUGGAUGGAGCAACAGCAUAUGCAGGAGGAGAUCCUGGCUGGUGGCAAAGCUGUGCACCUCUCUUCUGAUGAGCAAGCAAAGAAAGAGUUACUGAUCCCCAUCUCCUGCCAUGCCUUCACUCAGACCAGCCAUUCGGUGACAGAUAGUGACACCCAGACUGACCCCCAACAACACUCCGACACUGUCAACACACUGCCAAGCACAGCUCCAAACCAGGUCAUUUCCCCCUCUUUUGAGUCUCUGGAGUCAACUGCAGAUGAAACCCUGAAGGACUGUUUCCGCAAGCUGUCCAAAGAGCGCCAGCACCACUACUCCGCCAUCCGCUCCAAGCUGGAGCACAUGGUGACCAGCUUGUCUCAGAGGAGAGAGCUCGCAGACCUCACCAACAUGACUCAGGGGGCUGUUGCUCUCAGCAGGCAGAGGGUACACAAAGACUGUGGGCAGGAACCAAACCCCAGACUGCUUGUUGAAAGUGCAGGCAUGGGCAUGGGCACAUGGCCAAGAGCCAGAUGUGCACACUAG